AUCUUGAGUGCUUUGAGUUGAGCGGUUCGUUGGCUGUUUCGCGUUGUGCCGAAUUUGUUAUUGUUUAGUGUGGUAAAAUUACAAAUAAAACUUUAAAAUGAAGAUUGAAGAGGUCAAAAGCACUGCUAAAACACAGAGAAUAUCAGCACAUACCCAUAUUAAAGGACUGGGUUUAGACGAAAAUGGGAUUCCAAUUCAAAUGGCAGCCGGUCUCGUGGGGCAAGAAAACGCGAGAGAGGCUGCGGGUGUGGUCGUGGACAUGAUAAGGAGCAAGAAAAUGGCUGGACGCGCGCUGCUGCUGGCUGGCCCACCAGGAACAGGCAAAACUGCCAUCGCCUUAGCGAUAGCACAGGAACUCGGCAAUAAAGUGCCAUUCUGCCCCAUGGUGGGGAGUGAGGUGUACAGUACAGAGAUCAAGAAAACAGAGGUGUUAAUGGAGAACUUCCGACGUGCCAUCGGUCUGCGCAUCCGUGAGACGAAGGAGGUGUAUGAGGGGGAGGUGACGGAGUUCACUCCGGUGGAGACUGAGAACCCGGCGGGCGGAUAUGGAAAAACAGUAUCUCAUGUGAUCAUCGGACUGAAGACAGCCAAAGGCACGAAGCAGCUGAAACUCGACCCCACCAUCUACGAAUCACUGCAGAAGGAAAAGGUGGAAGUCGGAGAUGUCAUCUACAUUGAAGCCAAUUCCGGGGCCGUAAAAAGGCAGGGGAGAAGCGACACAUUUGCCACCGAGUUUGAUCUUGAGGCGGAAGAGUACGUCCCGCUGCCAAAAGGCGACGUCCACAAGAAGAAGGAAGUGGUGCAGGACGUGACGCUGCACGACCUGGACUGCGCCAACGCGCGCCCGCAGGGCGGCCACGACAUCAUGUCCAUGAUGGGGCAGCUCAUGAAGCCUAAGAAGACGGAGAUCACUGAUAAACUAAGAAAGGAGAUCAACAAAGUGGUGAACAAAUAUAUUGACCAAGGAAUUGCUGAAUUGGUGCCUGGAGUUCUAUUUAUUGAUGAGGUGCACAUGUUAGACAUUGAAACGUUCACGUACCUGCACCGAGCGCUGGAGUCCGCCAUCGCGCCCAUAGUCAUCUUCGCCACCAACAGGGGGCGUUGUCUGAUAAGAGGCACUGAAGACAUUGUUUCCCCGCACGGCAUCCCCUUGGACCUGCUGGACAGGUUGCUGAUCAUCCGCACGCUGCCGUACAAUAAGUCCGAGCUGCUACAGAUCCUGAAGUUGCGCGCCACCACGGAGGGCGUGGCCGUGGAGGAGGACGCGCUCGCCAAGCUGGCCGACGUCGGCGCCGACACCACGCUCAGGUACGCGGCGCAGCUGCUGACGCCGGCGCAGCUGGCGGCGCGCGCGGACGGCGCGGCGCGGGUGGGGGCCGCGCACGUGGCCGCCGUCGCCGCGCUCUUCCUCGACGCCAAGUCCUCCGCGCGCAUACUCACGCUGCACGGAGAUAAGUACAUGAAGUAGAUAGUUACACGCCACGCCGCGCCGCGCCCCGCCCCGCCCCGCCCCGCCCCGCCGCCCACCCUCCGCUCCCGUCUGCUCUUUUUUUUUUUCCUAUCUGGCUUUUACUCCCCGCAAUUUUGCACGGAGUGAAUUUGCCAAUGUCGGUUCCGUCUGCUCUUGACUCGCGCUAGAAACCGACAAAGGAGGCGCGGGGCGUCACGUGCGGGGCCCGUCAAAAAUUAUGAUGACGUGUGUCGGCGUACCCAUCGAAAUUCAAUGCUGUACAUUUUGAACCGUUCCCGCUCCGAUGUACUUUACGGCGACCGUGUAAGGUUCCCCAGUGGCCAAGUUAACGUGAAAGAUUGAAAAUUGUCAUCAUUUUACCACCGCAAUGAUAAGUAUAAAUAAUAUAAUAUUUAAAAAAAAUAACCUAAAGCUCCUGACAUUAUGUGCCUAAGUCACAUGUGUGUAAAAAAUACGCAUGUUAUGAAAAAGUGUUUUGCGAGCGGAACCUACCUUGACCCGGAGCCUGUUUCGAAUUUAACGACUUGUUACGACUCUUUUUGGGGAUUCACAACUUCGGGAACAAAUCUAAUUGUUUCAUUAAUUAUUUUGAUUUGUGUUUUUUAAUAGUCGCAUAAACUGAAUAAAAUAAAAUAUACUGAAUAUAAUAAAUUAUAAACUGAAAUAGACUGACGAAGCCGCCUAGGAGUGCAAGACGUUAAGCCCGGAUUGUUAAAAACGCCGCGCGGUACGAAUCCGACCUACACCACUGGAGGGCUUCGUCACUUUUUCUUUCAUAUAUGACAUCUAUUUCAGUCUAUAACCGUAACAAGUUGUUAAAUUUGAAUUGGACUUCUGGCCCUGUAAAUACUAUGAUUUUGUCCAUAUUUUCGUCAUUCUUUGAUCUUUUGACGGAUUGUCAAUUUAAUGUUACAUUCUAGUUAUGUGAUAUUAGUAGCAUUAUAGUAUAAUUUGCAAUUAUACUUUUUAGUUUAACAGUGAAAGCAGUUAUUUAGUUAUAUGAAUGAAAUGCUUUCAAUUUUCUCUACGAAUAUUGUUUUUGUUGUUAGGUAUAAUACAAGACAUGGAAGUAAAACAAAUGAUAAUAAAUAAGAUUUCUAAUUAAGUAUAUAAA